UCAAGUCUGUCCAGGUCCUCCUGUAUCUUAAGCCUGUCUUCUGGAGUGUUGGCUAUUCCUGCCAGCUUGGUGUUAAGUCUGCAAAUCUGAUUAGUUCCCCAUCUAUUCCCCUCAUCCGAAUUAUUGAUGAUGAUUUAUUCAGCAUAUGUUCAGAGGCUUUUUCCAGUAUGUAUGUAUGUAUGUAUGUGUAUGUGGAUACACACACACACACACACACACACACAAAGAAACACGCACAAAGAAACACGGACAAAGCUAGUGCUUUUCGAUGAAGAGGGACAUUUUAUGCUGUUUCCUCCCCCCUCCGCUUUUUUUUGUCUUCCGCUCUCACCUGAGGCAAAGUGAAUUCCCCGGAACGUCAGAGAUUGAUUUUUACCACGCACGCGCUGGCCAGCCAACCUUUCCAUUGUAACGUAAGCGCAUUCAUUCCCCCGGGACGAGGCGGGGGGGGAGCAGUGGCACAGCGAGCAAAACAAGAGAUGACGAUGGACUAAGCUCUUUAACUAGCGCUCACGGUAGGACUCGCGCCCAUGCGCACGCAGGAAACGGACCGGGUGGGGGGAAAGCAGAAAUCCCUGAAAAAGGAAGCUGAGGAAAGCCGCGCGUUCUCGCGCGAGAGCUUCUACGCAAGCGUAUUCGUUAUCUUCCUCAGGACUAGCCAGAGAGCGACGCUUUAGGAAAAACGAGUGGGGGGGGCGGGCGUAACGAGAGGUUGACUGACUGACUGCCUUGGUUGGCUGCGACGAGGGCCACGUAGCGCUGCGGCGGCGGCGGCCGGCGGCGGCAGCAGCAGCAGGGAGGGCGAGCGAAGGAUAGGCAGAACCACGGCGGAGGUAGAGGCAGAGGAGCCAAGGCCUAGUCCUGAAAACAGGCGGCGGAGGGGGCUCUAACCAGGGGAGGGCAGGAAGGAAGGAGGGCCCUGACCGCCCUCUCCUUCCCCCUCCCCUCCCCCGUCUAAGCAUGGAUCGCGGCGGCGGCGGCGGCAGCAGCAGCGAUGGAGCGGUGGAGGCGACAACGGCGGACGAUCCCGGCCUGGAUCCAUCAUGGCAGCACCUGUUAGCGGGCAUCCACUCACCUGCUGCCCGCCACAUCCCUUACCGUGUUGUGUCACUGCGGCAUCACCAGCUGUUCCAUUAAAGUGAAUGGGACUGUCGACAAAAUUUUCAUCUGUUGAGUGGCAGCUUUCUUCCUAUGAACUGCUGUCGAUGUCUUCUUGCUAUAAAACCAGAGUUCCAUGACCUACACGUGCUUUCUUGCUCUGCUCCCCCAAAACAGUCAUGAGUUAGUGAUUUCCAGAUAUUCAUCCUCUUCCAAAAAAGUUACUUCAUUGAUAUUCUGGAAUACAAGGUGCUCAAUGAAUCGAGAGCCGCCAUGAAUGAAACAGCCAGCUCUUGCCAGCAGAUGGCUAAAAAUUGCACCAUACAUGUAGCAGGGAUGGCACAGGAGGACAGGGGUCAAGUAUCACCCACUUUCUAUCAUGGUGCCAGCCAGGAACUUGAUUUAUCCACCAAGGUAUACAAAAGGGAGUCUGGGAGUCCUUAUUCUGUGUUGGUGGAACCAAAAGCAAGUAAGCCACAUCUUCAUGACAGAGAGGAGCAGCCAUAUUUCAGGGAAGACAGAACAGUAGGAGAGGCCCGAGCCGUGAAAGAAGACAGGGAGAACUCUGACGACUUGCAGGACGAGGACGAGGAAGAAGAUGAAGUGACUUACAAAAGGGAGCAGAUAAUAGUAGAGGUAAACCUUAACAACCAAACAUUAAAUGUAUCAAAAGGGGAGAAGGGGGUCCCUUCCCAAUCCAAAGAAACUGCUGUUCUUAAGACCAGCAGUGAGGAAGAGGAGGGUGACAGUGGGGAGGAAGAGGCCACUGAAGACAGUAAUGAUGAGGAAAAUGAGAGGCAGAAGAAAAAAGAGCAAAGAGAGGAAAAUGAUAGUGUUGCACAAAGGAGGACAAGGAGAGCUGCAUCUACUGCAGCCGCUACAUCUUCCCCUACUUCCAGAACUACAAGGGGCCGUAGAAAGAGCAUUGAGCCUCCCAAGCGUAAGAAGAAAGCUGCAAAGGAGCCCAAGGCACCUGUGCAGAAAUCAAAGUGUGAAGAAAAGGAGACUUUGACUUGUGAGAAGUGCCCCAGGGUGUUUAACACACGCUGGUAUCUGGAGAAGCACAUGAACGUCACUCAUAGGCGCAUGCAGAUCUGCGACAAGUGUGGAAAGAAAUUUGUUCUAGAAAGUGAGCUCUCCCUUCACCAGCAAACAGACUGUGAAAAAAACAUUCAGUGUGUUUCCUGUAAUAAGUCAUUCAAGAAACUUUGGUCCCUCCAUGAGCAUAUCAAGAUUGUCCAUGGAUAUGCAGAGAAAAAAUUCUCCUGUGAAAUAUGUGAAAAGAAGUUCUACACCAUGGCUCACGUGCGAAAGCACAUGGUUGCACAUACUAAGGACAUGCCAUUUACAUGUGAAACCUGUGGAAAAUCUUUCAAACGCAGUAUGUCGUUAAAGGUUCAUUCACUACAGCAUUCAGGAGAGAAGCCUUUCCGAUGUGAGAAUUGUGAUGAAAGGUUCCAGUACAAGUACCAACUUCGUUCCCACAUGAGCAUCCAUAUUGGACAUAAACAGUUUAUGUGCCAGUGGUGUGGUAAAGAUUUUAAUAUGAAACAGUACUUUGAUGAGCACAUGAAAACUCACACUGGAGAGAAGCCUUUUAUUUGUGAAAUAUGUGGCAAAAGUUUCACCAGUCGCCCAAACAUGAAGAGACAUCGCAGAACUCACACAGGGGAGAAGCCAUAUCCGUGUGAUGUGUGUGGCCAGCGAUUUCGUUUCUCCAAUAUGCUUAAGGCACACAAGGAAAAGUGCUUCCGUGUUACCAGUCCUGUUAAUGUGCCACCCUCUGCCCAGAUUUCACUUGCUACAACAUCAUCUGCCACCACUGUACCUUCUGUUGCGAACACACCAAAUCCGCUUGCCCCUACUGCAACAAUCAAUAUGAAUCCAGCGAGCACACUUCCUCCUCGCCCAAUUGGCCAUCCAUAUUCUCAUCUGCAUCUUCAUUCACAUCAUCCACAUCAUCUUCCAGUUCCUGUCCCUCCAGUCCCUCAUUUGCCUCCACCUCCUGCUCUAUUUAAGAGUGAGCCUUUAAAUCAUAGGGGUCAAGGUGAGGACAGUUUUCUGCGACAUCUAGCAGAAAAAAACAGUUCAGUGCAGCACCACUAACUGUUUUGUCUUCUGCCUGCAAUUCUCCUGAUCUUAAAAAUCUGGAAUUGUGCUCUUUCCUAACAAAAGGUACCAUUUUGGCCCAAGUAAAUUUGCAUUACUCUUGGUGAUCAUCCAGUUUAGGGGAGCCAAUAGGACAGAUGCCCAAUUUGGCUUGCACAUUUUACUGUUGACUUUUAUAAAUUUCAAAAGGACUGAGAAUUGUGGAUUUUUUUUUUUUUAUAAUUUCAUAUCAGCUAAUGAGGUAUGCUUGCUUUUGUAUCCUGGAUUUUCUCCUCAAAUUGGGGAUGAGUCUGGUUUCUUUUGUACUAAUCAGAAAAACUGUGAGACUAAAUCCCAGAGCAUUAAUGAUCACUGUGUAUUGUUAAUUUCUUUUCUGCUCUGUAUGUGUGUGUGAGCGUGUUUGUGUGGGUGUGGGUGUGUUGGUUAUGGAGUGAACCAGCCACAUGAUUGCAGAAUAUGAAGCAUAGGAAAAACAACAACAAUAGUAAACAGAAUUUAAUCUCAUUUGAAUAGUUCUCCUAACACACUCUUUAUUUUAUUAUAAAAAUUAUUUUAGAGUUUUUGUAUAGACCUAUUUAGUAGCCUGUUUCUAAAAUGAAAUGUAUUUCAAAUAAGCGAUGUAAUUUUUUUCAGUGUAGCUGGACCUAUGUUGUUACAAUAGAUAAUUUUUAUAAUCAUUCAAAUGUGAUUCUUUUAAGAAAAAAAGAUGCAAAUAGCUUCUAUAGUAAAAAUUAUUCUUACAUCUGUACUGCUCUGAAAAGGUGCUUUGAAGUGUAGAGGAAGAAGCCCAAGAAGUCGCUUGUAAAGCUGCCUCAGAAGUGGAGAUAAUUUCAGAACUUUAUAUAACUUAUUUGUAAGGGGAGGGGGGUUUUUACUGUGAGACAUACCUUCUUUCCAUGUCACUUGAGGGUGAUUAGAUAAGGACAUUGAACUACUGUAUGCCCAGAAUGUUCACUUCUUUUAUACUGAAGCAUGAAGCAUUUCAGAAAGGAUUUCUCUUAGAUAGAGUGAAAAUUGCACAUAAGGGACCGUCUCAACCAAAUAUGGUUUCCAACAUAGUAUGCUACCUUAUCAUGGGCAUACCUUAGAAUCUAGUUCAUUAUAGAGACAUUUGUAUAAGGUAUAAGUUAACUUGGGACCGAUUUGAUGCUGCUUGUUUUUUCUUAAGUUUGUUAGAUGAUAAGGGAACUGUAAACGAUGCGAUUUAGUUGGCUCUGUAAAAAUUAAACCUGAAUUAGGCAAACGUGUGUGAAAGCCAUUGUCAUGUUGGCUGAAAAAAUGUACAUCAUGGAAUACGUGCAUACGCUAAAGUUGUGUGAAGGACAAAUAGUACUGAUUAUAGAGGAUUAUGUCUUUCAGGUUUGACCAUGUUCUACAUAUAAAUGGGAAAGAAAUGUUGAAUGUUAAGCAAGUUGAUAAUUGUGUUUUUCUCAGUCUCCAAUGGCUCUAAAUUGUGACAAAUAGAAUCAUGGUAAUUAACUUCGGAUAAAGUACAGCACCAUUUAAGGAUCCACUUAGUACCUUAAGGAGAAGGCAUAGAGAUUCCUUUAUAGUUGGAGUAAAUUUUUCUAAGUUUAAUUUUCGUGCUCAAGGACCAUCAAGCUGAUUCCUGGGGUGUUCUGUUUUUGAAAUUCGGCUUUAAGUCUAAUUUAAAAGGGAUAUUCCUCGGAUGAAACAGAAAGGCCUUGUUAUUGCAUUCCCUGAGGCUGCUGAUUGUGUUUCCCCCUUUUAUUAACGUUGCAUUAAAAAUAAAAUAGCUGACUUUUCGGUAUUUAUUCAUAUUUGACUGAAAACAUCUUAACUCCUUUUUCUGAAAAAAAAAGUAUUUUUAAAAUGUUAUGAUAACACUUAUGUUCCUUCUCUUUUUUUAGACAGUAGAGGUAACUAUAAAAAAUAAUAUUUAACAGUUCACCACCAUCUACUAUCUUGAUUGGUUUUAUACAUUCCAUGUCAUCUUGUAAAACAGCAGUUCUGUAUAGAAUGCCAUAGGCCAGCAACAUGGCCUGUAAAAUCCACUGUUCCAAAUUUAAAAGAAAAAGUCACACUUGAUAAGUCAAUUGUAAUCCAAUUUGCAAAAAACAUUUUUUCAAUAAAUUUACAGUAUUUGGCUGCUAUUUAUGAAUCCUGCUGCUUGAGGUGGGUGUAUUUCUGUGCUGUCUGUUCUAAAAGUUAACAUUCAUUUCAGAGCUGUGAUCUACAUAUUGUAGAAUAGUAUAAAUAUUAGCAAAAUGGGUCAAGCACCAUUGAACUUUCUUCAUUCUUGCAUGGAUGAAUUUGCAUCUAUCCUAUUGCAAUACUUAAGACUUCCUUGCAGAACUAAUUUGGUUCAGUGCAAUGUCAUCCCUAUAUACAGAUAAAAGUCAUUAAUGGGUGUAUGAACUGAUAGGGGUCUACACUUUUGUCUUUAUGCAAUGCUCUUGUCCUCUUUUCAUUUUUAUUUCAAAAAUAUUUUCAAAAUACAAACAUUAUAAAUGUGUAGCAGUUCACAUUCCAUUCCAAAAAAUGCUUUGAAAUGUGUGAGACAUGAAUGUGGCAUUCUCUGUAACUCUUUAAAGCAGCUGCAUAUUUUCCUAGGAACACACAACUUUGGGGAAUUAAAUUGAAAUGACUACACAGCCCAAGUGCAAUAAAUAUUUAAUCAACAUACAAAAUAGCCUUUAUUAGAUUUUGGAUUUUGAAGUAGAAUUAUAAUUUUGGAAGCCUUCUUACACUGGCAAGCUUUUAUUCAUAAGAUGUGAGUGUUUUUGUGCUAAACUUUUAAAACAAUUUCUGUUUGUUCAUUUGAUUGUAUAAUAGCAACUUCAUAGUGUUUUACAGUACUCUCUAAGCAGUUUACAGAGUCAGCAUAUGUUCCUAACAAUUUGGAUCCUCAUUUUACUGACCUCAGAAGGAUGAAAGGCUGAGUCAACCUUGAAACAGUCAGGAUCGAGCUCCUGGCAAUGGGAAUGCAGAAUUAACCUGCAAUAAUGCAUUCUAACUACUGUACCACGAUUGCUCUUUAAAUCCAUAAUAUUUUUCCUUUUACUGGAAAUUUUACUAUUUCCUUUUAGAGUUGCAAACUACAAGUCUUUGCGUUUUUAUAAUGUUGCACAAUGAUUUGUUUUGUUACUACCAUAGUCCUGGAGUCUUAGUAUCUGAUCAUUGAUGUUUUACCAUCAGAAACAUGUUAUAAUUUCCCCAUUUUUGGAGUAUAAUCAUAAUGAAUAGAAUGGUUUUGAGAAAAUGAUGUCUUCAAUAUUUACCCCAAAAGGCAUGGUAACAGAGCAUGGAACCAAUUUUUGUACCAGGUCUGCUUAAGGACAAUGAGAUUGCCAAAAUCCAUUUUCAACAUUAGAGAGUUUUGAUUUAUCUUGUCAAGCACUUCAUAAAAUUGCAGUGAAUAUUGAAGCUAAAGAUGACAUUGUGAGCUCUUUAGAGACACAUACAAUUUCAACAUAACAACAGUUAUGAACUUCUAUUAAUUUGCUUCUUGAAAGUGACCAUAAUAAAAAGACAUUCAUUCUAUUUGUUUUUAUACUUGCAUUUUAGUAAUUAAUCCCAAAGGAAAAUCUGAAGAUCAACCAAGAAUUGUGAUUUGUUUAAAAGUUAAUGAAAUCUGAUUGUUUUUAAGCUGCUUAAGAUUAUUGAUUUUAAUAGUAUGCAGCAUAUGCCAUCCCAGUAUGAAUGUUCUCACUACAAAAAUGAUACUUAAACCAGCCUCUUGAAAGACUAGAAAAGGCAAUUGCACAAACACAGUCAGAACUAUUGUUCAUUUCAUUUCAUAACAGCAAAGAACAUCAACUAUUUUCUUUCCAUUACUGUAUAGGUAGCCCUCAAAUUACAAUCAUUCAUUUAGUGACCAUUCAAAGUUACAGUGGUGCUGAAAAAUGUGAUUUACAAACCAGUCCUUGCACUUGUGACUGUUGGCAGUAUCUCUCUGGACAUGUGAUCCAAAUUUGGGUACUUGGCAACCAAUAUAUAUUUAUAAUAGUUGCAGCCUCCCAGGUUCAGGGGUUCACUAUCUGCAGCCUUCCUACCCCUCAGAAACGAAAGUCAAUGGAGGAAGCUGGAUUUACUUAAUCAUGAUUCACUUAACCACGGUAAUCUACUUAAAGAUCACAGCAUAAAAUUGGACGCAACUCUUGAAAACCAGCUCACUUAUUGACAGAAAUUCCCAAUUGUGAUCAUUAAUCAAGGACCACCUGAUAUUAAAAUAUGCUUGAUUUGAGAAUAAAUGCCUUCCAUUUUCCCCACAUAGAAUCAGUAAUUCUGUAGUUUUAUGCAGUUAAGUUGUAAGUGAUUCUUUUAAAAUAUGUUUCAUUAGACUGGCAACACAAAUAUUAUCUUGUUAAAUAUCAUGUAUGAUUUGAAGAUUUAAUGAAGUGGUUGGGUUUAAUUUUAAUUUUAAUUUUGCAAUGAGUGGAAUGGUAAGGAGUAUUCCUUUGCUGAUUUGCCUUAGUGGAAUGUUUAACAUUCAUUGGGGGCUCCAUUCUUCAGAAACCUAGAACAAUGGAAACAACAACAAAAGAAAUUAAACUGUCGAAACUGUUUUCUCUCAUAUCGUUCUUUCCCUCACCUGUAAAGUUGAUUUGAAACCUAUUUUUAUACUUAACAGUCGACUUAGAUUCUUGAAUAAGAAUGUUUGAAUGAAUGUAUGAUCUUAACAGUUUGAUUUUCAGGAUGGCAACAGAUGGCACUUUAAUAAGGUUGAAGAACAGAUUGGAAAGGUGAGUUAACAAUGGCAUGUUACAAUUUGUAACUGUAUUGUAGCAUAAAUAGAUCAUGUGCAUGCUUAAAAGGAGAAAUGUACAGUGUUCUGAGGUAGGUAUGGUUUUUUGCAUAAAAAAGAAAUUUAACAUAAAUGUCAGUUUACGAGUUAGCUACUACUGCAAACAAAUUUGCAAAAAUUAGAAACUGUUUGCUAUACAUGAAGUCUCUUUGCUUUGGCAGGUCUGCUAUGUACUGCUGAAUACAUUCCCUGUUCUUCCUUCUAGUCCUCCAUAUAUCUCCCUAAAAAUAAAUAAAGUAUAAAUAUAAUUUUACAAGCUUAGAAAAUAGAACAUUUUUUCACGCCAUAGUUUUUAUGUUUUUCUAUAUGAAAAAUACUUUUUUGAACUUAGUUAUUUGAAUCUUGACAAAACAUUUCUAUAGAGAUCUUAAAUAUGUAUUCUAUAGCAAGACUAACUCUUAAGUGAAAUUGAAUAAGUAAAAUUAACAGUCAUAGUCUGUUGGACAUACAUAAUAUUUCUUUUUGCUCAAAAGUUAAUAUAUUUGCUUUCUGCUAAUAAUGGUAUUUUCUGUUCUGACAGGCUGCUAAACUACCCUUACCAGUGUUAAUCUUCCAUGCAAACAAAAAUUUGAUAUCAUGAAACCCCCUAAAAUAAAAACUGUUCAAAGGCACAAUUACAAUGUCAAAAACUUGCUAGGUAGCAAGUGAGCAUGAUUGCUUGAGUACUUUUGUUCAUUUUAAUUUCCAUUGUAUUAACUAUGCUGUACUCCCUUGAAUCAUUUGACUCUUGAUGGCUGCAUAAACAUAUUCAUAUAGUUUUAUUUGACAAUGAAUACUGAAAUGGCUUGCCAUUGUCUUUUCAUUCUGUUAAUUGCCACUUUGCAAUAUUGUUAUAAUGUUAUUAGGAGGACAAAUCAUUUCGGAAAGUAGAGGUGGCCAUUGAGAAGGGAUAUCACUGAAGUCUCAUAAGAGUGUCUCAGUGAGGAGGCCUGGAGUGUGUCUUCCAUGUUAGAAUAUGCGUAUGGGGCAGGUACUUUAGGGAAUAGGCACUCCCAUUAAUAAUCUGCAAUUAGGUGUUGAGUAGCAUCUUAAAUUGCAUCUGAAAGCCUAUGUGGAGUAGGUGCAGCUUGUGGAGCGGAAAUGUCAUGUGGCCAUAACAAGAAAUACCCAUAACUACCUACACAACUACAUACUGGAUUAUCUUCAAGAGAGUUUCAUUGGGGGUGGAAGAUUGGACUACAUAGUUUUUUGUUUUGUUUUUUCUGGGAUGGACAAGAGUAUAUGAAAUAUUAGUGUGGUGCUAAUCCUGAAAAGGAUGCUGUCUUGUUGACUUGAAAGUGUUAUAUGUAUAAAUGCUGCAUGUAAUCUGUAUGUUUGGUAAGAUGUUUGUGUUCUGUUUGGCACUAUUAAAACCUGGAGCAAAGAGACCAUCUUAAUCCCUACUGGAAAAGAAUAUUUAAUAACUUACAUGCAAAUUUAAUCACAUUUAAAGCAGUAAGAAAAAAGAUCCAUUUAUGAAACAGUUUUUGAGAUGAGGCAAAGGAUCUUCUUGUGUGUGAAAACUAAAAUGGGAUUUAUGGUUUUCUGGGACUGCAUGUUGUACCUCUGUCUUUUGCCCGUCUAUUAGAGGGGCCCCUUUCUGUUUCCCAGUUUCGCUCUUCCCCCUUGGAUCUUUUUCCACCAAUGUUCUUGCUGAUAUAUUUCAAAUGCUAUGAAAAUUAAAUAUUGAAUUAUUUUUGUUGAAUUACAUAAUCACAGCUGUUUUAUAAUGUAUGCAACUCUUGGUAUAAUUGUUCUUGGAGCUUGCUGAGACAUUUUGACCUGCAAAAAAAAUUGCUGGUUUGUGCUUUUAUUCUUUAUUCUUAAUGAUAAUAUGCAGACAUAGGCGCACACUCUGCGGGGCCAAGCAGUUCUGCCACUCUGGUACUAAUUAAAUUCUAGCUGUCUUUACAUUUAAGUCAGAUAUUCCAACACCAUUUCUUGAUUAUUUUUGAACUUCAGCUAACAAAACAGUUGCAAGUUGAUGUGUCAUUUUUCCCCCCUCUAUGCUGGGAGCAGCUUACUUUCUACACAAAAGGUUCUUUUUGUCUUUUGUCUUUUUCUUGUAAAAUGUGUAGCUGAAAGCUUGCUGGGAUAGAAUUAAGGUAAUCUACUGUUUGAACAUUCUGCUGCAAGGAAAUGCAAGAGUAGGGAAUGGCAACUAGGCAGAAGAGAUAAGAUCUGUGCUUUGUUUUAUUACAAUGCUAGCUUUCUUUCAUCAUUUUUAUAUUAAUUUAAAUUCUAAAUUCCAUGACAGUAUGUUUUUCUAUCCAGAGGACCAUAUGCUCAUAAAAAUAUAACUGCCAUUUUUCCCCCAAAAAGCUAAUUAUUAUUUUUCCUCCUUUAAAUUAAAUUAGCAUUGCUUUGCAUACUUUAUUUUUUUUUUUCAGAAGUGUAUAUGCCCAUAUGUCUCUAUAUUUUUAUAUUUUAAAGCUUAGUUUGGACAAAAAUAACAUGAUUGUAGACAUAAGAUAAUCAUGGAUCAUUAUGGCUCUUGACUUUGCUGUGCUUUGACACAUUGAAAUCUAAAUUAUCAAAAGGUUUGCUUUUUUCAGUUAUAUCAGGGGUUGACAACCAUGGCUCUGGCUCAGGAAUUCUGGGAGUUGAAAUCCAUGAGUCAUAAAAGAGCCAAGGUUGCCUAUCCCUGAGUUAUAUCAUCGACCACAACUGGACAAUCUAAGCAGUUAAGCUGCAUUUGACUUUGUCUUGAACAGAUAAAAAUGUAACAGGAGUUUUCUGUAAUUCAUACCAGGAAGCCAUUUAGUUUAACAUUCUGUUUCCACAGUGGCUCUCCAUUUGACUGAAAGAAAUUCAUACGCAAAUCACUAAAGAUUAGCUCUGUCGUUCUAUUGUAUUCAAAGGCCUAUUGGUUCCACAGAUUGUGUAACUCAGAACAAGUUAAAUGAAUCAGUGAAGGAAAAAUAACUGCUGUACGUUCAGAAUCUCACUUUUUAGUAAAAACUUCAACAAGGAAUCCUAACUAAUUUGUAGAUAUAUAUGAAGAUCUUUAGCAUUGCCAGAUAACAAGAAAGGCUAGAGUGCAAAAGGUAAUUUUUCCUAGUGAAGCUCUUUGUAUAUCCAUUUGUGAUGCAAGUAUUAUUUCUUACAUUGCUAUUACAGACCCAGGAUGGUAUCUAUUAUCAUGCGCUAUAUUAGAUCAGAGUGUUACUUAUUUGUGAAUCCUAACUGACCAGUUGAUGCUGAGAAAUGUUCUGUGCUGCCUUUGGUAAUUGAGAUAAAUAUUUGAAAUUCCCACCAAUUGCAUGUCAGUGAGCAAACUGUUGGUACAGUCAGUAUCUUAGACCUUGUCAUAUUGAAGCUGUAAAUAAAGCCCAGUUUGUACACAAUUCAAGAUAAAAGAUUCCAACCUUUACCUAAAAACUUUGUAUAGUAGGAGGGGAGAAUAAAACAAGAUAGUGUGAUGGCAGUUGGAGGAAUUGCAACAAUUAUGAAAACAAAACUCUGUAAUUGAAAAAUAAUUGUAACAUUCUGUAAUUUAGGUAGAAACCUAAAUCUGGCAUCUGUACUCUUGUUUUCAAACUGCCUGUGUUUGCUUUCACUUUUUAAUGCAAAUUUAUUUAUCAAAAUUAUGCAAGAGAAAAUAGUUAUGAAGAAUGCAAUUUACCUGCUCCUCAUAUUUUUGAAUUGGUGAUACUGCUAUAAGAGCAAUUUAAAAAUAGGAUUGCAAAACCAAGAACAUAGUUUUUGCAUUCAACAAAUUCUCUUCAUCCAAAACCAAGGCAUAAAGUUACUCCCUUGCAUUGCAUUUUAAACUUGCCCAUUUUUGUUUUGUAACAUGUCAUACCUAAUAUUAAUAAGAAAUUGUGUCAUCCUUUAAUAAACUUUUAUUGUUUAUCUUCUGAGGAAAAAAUGAUGUUUCUCGUAUAUACUCAAAUUAUCUACUUUGUACCUAAUAAUUGAGUUGUGUUGCUUUAUUAAUGAAAUGGGCAGCAUAUAAAUUUAAUAAAAUAUUAAUCUUUUGAAAA